AUGGGCAUUUCAGAGAAACAUCAUGGUAUUGAAGGAGGAGGAGCAGUUAUAGAAAUGGAAGGGAAUAAGAAGAAGAGAUAUGUAAUAGUAGGUGUACCAGUACCAAUAAUAAGAACGCCACCACCUUUGAGAAAAAUAAGAACAGAAAGGGUUGAAAUCAAAAUUCAAAGUGAAGUUGAAGUUGAAGACGAAGAAGAGGAAUGCCCAACAACACCAUCAAGUAAAGAAGCAAGAUUACCAAAGAGAACCGAAUGUCCACCGGCACCAAGAAAGAAAAGGCCUUCUGCUUCUUCAAGAUCAUGUAAUUUUAAUGUUAAAGAUUUUUUCAGUCCACCUGAUUUAGAUUCCGUUUUUAUACGCCAUCUUGAAAGUGCUUCUGCUAAGUGA